GCAGCGGAUCACACAAAGAAAACGCGUCCACACGCAGGCUUGACAGUCAAACCAGGAACAUCCACCAAGGCUGACGUACUUGGGACUCGGCUGUGUCUCAGAAGCAUUUGUUCGUAAGGGCCACGGCGCGUUCACAUCGCUCACAUAGAAAAAACGGAGGGGGGAGGGAGAGAGAAGGAAAGUCCCAGCCAGCGGCUCUCUAUGUGUGUGAAUCACUGUGGGAGACACAAUGCUAACAGCGCUCUCAACCACCUGACUGCUGGCUGCAUCGGUCUAUAUGCGAGUGUGUCCGCAUAAAAAGCCCGGGCAGGAGGGGCAGCCGCGAUACUGAGAGCAAGGCAUCGAGGCGAAGGCUGUGAGGGCAGCGCUGCUGGAAGUUGGACACCCGCCGGUAUUUUUAGCACCACGUAUUGGAAUAUAAAGCACGGAUUAGAGAGUUAAGUCUGGGCAGACUGGCUCCGUGAUCUGAAAGGGGACGGCGGAGUUUUCUUUUGCACAUCAGGAGGACAAUUUACAACAGGGAUAGCAGAGUGCCCUGAAAGAGGGGAUGACAGAGUGACCGGCCCUGGGGGGCUUGCGACAGCCUUGACAUGUUGACCAGCGGAGUGUAGGAAGAGGUGCGGCUACAGCGACGGUUAAAUUUUAACAUGGCAGCAAGUGCAGUUCCAAGUGACAAUCUCCCCACAUACAAACUUGUGGUAGUCGGAGAUGGCGGUGUUGGAAAAAGUGCCCUCACCAUCCAGUUCUUCCAAAAGAUUUUUGUGCCGGAUUAUGACCCAACCAUUGAAGAUUCUUACUUAAAACAUACAGAAAUCGAUGGGCAAUGGGCAAUUCUUGAUGUGCUGGAUACUGCAGGACAAGAGGAGUUCAGUGCCAUGAGGGAGCAGUACAUGAGGACAGGGGAUGGAUUUCUCAUAGUCUACUCAGUCACUGACAAGGCCAGCUUUGAACACGUGGACAGAUUUCACCAACUUAUCCUUCGGGUCAAAGACAGGGAAUCUUUCCCCAUGAUUCUAGUGGCCAACAAGGUUGACUUGAUGCACCUGCGCAAGGUCACAGGUGAACAAGGGAGAGAGAUGGCAGCCAAAUACAAUAUAUCUUACAUUGAGACUAGCGCUAAGGAUCCUCCACUGAAUGUAGACAAAGCCUUUCAUGAUCUCGUCAGAGUCAUAAGGCAACAAAUACCAGAGAAGAGUCAGAAAAAAAAGAAGAAAACAAAAUGGCGUGGAGACAGGACAGCUGGGUCAAACAAGCUUCAGUGCUCAGUCAUGUGAUCAACCUCUUGCCUAUUUGAAAGCUGAGAAUACAUUGAAUCCAAUGAGAAGCUAUGGACCCCUUGCAUGUGUCAGAAGGACAUGUGCACAGCAAAUGUUAGCAGUGUUAUUUAUAGUGUGAGGGAACUCUCUUCCCUCCAUCGAGCAAGUUUGCACGUUUAACUGGAGAUGAACCUUGUGAAAUGCAGAGGCCUGGUUGAGCAGCUCAUCGGACAUUGAUUGAACUGAACUGGGUAGCAGAGUCACUUUGAAGAAGAGGUUUGUUUUUGUAUCCUUGCCUUUCUCUUUCAAGCCAUGCAUCAAGCAAAGCAGCAACACCAGGCUGAACUAUCAUGCACCCAUGUCUGUCAGCAGCACAUUACCUUGAGUUUCCUAACUGAGACAUGGCAAUGUUCAUGAAAACAGACUAAGAGAAGGACAGACUGGAAUGUGAACAGGAGAACUGAAUCCAUCUGCAGUUGCCUCCAGGACACUGCAUCAAACUUGACAUGAAGUAAAGACUUGCUGGCCACAAGAUAUGCAACUGCACUUCUCUCUCUUACAUACACACUCAAAUGUGUAAAGGAAGGUUUGUUAAGGAGUGUGACUACACGAGGGUCCACUGCCUAUAACCACUAACACCUAGAAGGAGAUCCUCAAAGAGAUGUGCUAGAAGUAUUUAUUCUUUUAGCAAUGGUGAAAUUAUCUGCACUUUUGUUAGGGUUUCCAACCUAUUUUAUAUGUGCAUUCUCUGUCCAAACUGCACUGCAAUUGACUUUUUAAAGUCAAUGUUUGGGUAAAUGGCACCUUUUUCUCUUGUACUAGGCAAUGCAAAAAGAGAUUUUUCCAACUUAUCAAAAAUUGGAAUUCUUCUCUUCCUAAAUGGGAAACAAAAAUCAUUGUUCUCGUGAUAAUCAAGGUCAGCAAACCAUUGGCUUCUCUGUGAUGAACUAGAUGAAAUUAAGCAAGGGAAGUAACUGUAAUUGUAAGUGUACAAUGGGAUUAGGGAGAAGUUAAAAUUGUUUUAAAGUAAAAUUUCAGCUCUGGCUUUCCUUUGCAUUGCAAAUUGAUAAUUCUGAACUACAGUGGAAAGACCUCUUGUUGAAUCAAUGGUUGGAAAUAUAUGUGAGUGUUUCCGUAGUCAGCUCUUCCUAUGCACAAUUGCCCCUCAGCACUUCAUCUACUUUCCUGAUGGAGUUCACACUACGUAAAACCAUCGAUUGGUGAGUGUUGCAGAUCAAUCCUGUUGCCAUUGUAAGUGACUCUGGUGACAACUGAUCGUCUCAGCUUGGAUUGUCACAACAUUCAAUGUCAUGCGAAUAGGGCUGUAUCAAGAACAACACAAACAAAAUGCUGAAGUCAGCAGAUCAUGCUACAUUAAUGGAGAGGGACAUGAGAAAGGGUCUUAGCCUAAAAUGUUGACGCCUCAAUCCUUUCCAUAGAUUCUGCCUAAACUGAUGAGUUUCUCCAGCAUUUUAUGAGCAUUACUCUAGAUAUACGGCAUCUGCAAAACAGUUUCCCUUCCUCCAACAUUGAUACUGCCUUCUCCUGCAUCUCCAAUUCCCAAACAUCCACACUCAUCCCAUCUUCCUGCGGUCUUCAUUGUGAUAGAGUUCCUCUUGUCCGUACCUUCCACCCCAUGAGCUUCCACAUCCAACACAUCACCCUCCACAAUUUCCAUCAUCUCCAAAGGGAUCCUACCACCAAACAUAUCUUUAUCUCCCUCCCUACACUCUCUGCUUUUCACAGGGAAUACUCCUUCCAUGAUUCCCUGUCUGUCCACCCCUCCCCACUAAUUCCCCUCCUGGCACUUACUACACCUGCCCAUUCGCCUCCUCCCCCAGCUCCAUUCAGGGCCCCAAACGGUCCUUCCAAGUGAGGCUACACUUCACAUGCGAAUCUGCUGGGCUCAUCUAUUGUCUCGGGUGGCCCUGAUGCAGCUUCCUCUACACUGGUGAAACCCGUCAUAAAUUGGGGGGCGGGCUCAUCGAGCACCUUUGCUCCAUCCACUAAAAGUGGAAUUUCUCGGUGGCAAACAUUUUAAUUCCCAUUCCCAUUCCUGUUCCAACAUUUUGGUCCAUGGCCUCCUCUUCUGCCACGAUGAGGUCACCCUCAGAGUGAAGGAGCAGCACCUUAUAGUUGGUCUGGAUAGCAUCCAACCUGAUAGCAUCAAUAUCAAUUCCUCCUUCUGGUAAAAAUAGUUUUUCUUCCCCCUCCCCUCUUAUUCUAGUCCCUAGUCUGGCCUGUAACUUGCUUCUGGGUUUCCUCCUCCUUCCAUUUCUCCAAUACUCUACUCCUGUCAGAUUCUUUCUUCUCAAACCCUUUAUCUUUCCUCUUCACCUGGCUUCACCUAUCACCUAGCAAUCCUUCUUCCCCUCUCUUUCCCCCCCCCCACCCCACCUUUUUAUUCUGGUCUCUUCCCUCUUCCUUUCCUGUCCUUGAAGAGGUGUCUCGGCUUGAAACGCCGACCCUUUUUUCAUUUCUGUCGAUGCUGCCUGGCCUGCUGAGCUCCUCAAGCAUUUUGUGUGUGUUGUUCUGGAUUUCAGGCAUCUGUAGUGUUGAUGAUCUGCAGAAACCCUUGUGUUUAUGAUGGGGCUGUACUAAAGUUCUGCCCUUGGCUAGAAUCACUCCAGAGAUGCCCAGCUAUUGCCUAAUUGUGAAGUUGUGUAAUUGCUAUGGAACUGCUAUAAGCAGCAAUAGAAUUACAUGAAUAUUGUGGUCCCAUUGGGGUUCAGUUAGAAAACAAACUUGAACCCAAAGUUUCUGCCACUUGAGUGCUGGCCAGGUUUACAUUGCAGUGCAUUGCUUUUGGCUAAGGAAUGCUUUGUGUGUCUAGUAGAGUUAUUGUAGAUGAUGACUGUCAUUGGAUGCCCAUUAACGAACAAACACUAGUGAGCAAUUGAGAGAAAUCCCAAGAGUGCUUCUGGCAAAGAAGCACCUUUAAUUGUUUCUGUGGUGAUGUAGAUAAAAGCAAAAGUCAGUUUAUGCAUGGCAAGUUCUUCAAACUGAGAGGAAUAUCUCAUCAAUAGUUUGGUUAGUAUUGAUGCGGGGGAAUGAAUGAACUUGAGAAGUUUUUGUAUUUAAAUACUGUAUGGUAUCACUUCUUUCACUAUAAAGGGCUAUCUUUGUUUAAUGUCAGAAUGGCAGCACCUCUGCCUAUUAAUGUACAGCACUGUCAGUUUAGAUAAUGUGCUUAAUUCAGAGGAGCACUGUGACAGAAGAGAGAGUGCAGUCUCUGAGCCAACGUAAGCACCUCACUGAACAUCAGCAUUCAAAACCACAGUUCAAAACCUGCCUAGAUUGAUAAGGAAACUCCCAUCUGCCCGUUGAGAGGAGAGAGGGGUUCUGACUGAAGUGAAGCCAAGCCACUUCAUAGGUGUUAGCAUAAAGUUGUCCCUAACUCAGUAGCCUUGGUCUGCAUUACAAUUUGAUGUAGGGUAUGCAACGCAGCAAAUUAGAGACUGAUUUUAUGGUGCCUGACUUGUUGGAGCAGUUUGACGUGCCCCAAUUACAAGGGUUCAGAACCACAUCCUCUCACAUUCAGUAAGAACCUGUACAGUUGGCACAUUGUAGCCAGAAUAGUUCAAGGCUUAUGAAGUUGUUGCUUCUGUGUGUUAAUGUGUUGCCUGUAUCAGAUGUUGUAUAUUGUACAAUAGGCAUUCCUUGCAUCUCCUAAUGCCCAUGUGGUUAUCAGCUGACAGGAACUAUUGACACCAGCCAAUUACUUGUUGUAAUAUUCCAAUGUAUGUCAGUAAUGACAUCUUCAGAACACCAACACUUUAAGUGCAAUUGGGCAUAUGCAUAUCGUGUUUGCACAACAGUUUAAAGGGAUAGAAACCACCCUUUGGUAUGUGGUACCAGAGAGGUUAAGGUUUGUAAUUCACAGCCUAACCGUGCAAUUGCCACCCUGAUGGUAUACCUUGCAAAGGACAUGACUUUCAUCCUUUGUUCCUACUAUCACAAUUCUUUCUGUUGUUUUGGUGAAAAUUGGUGCAUUUAAGGUUAAGUAUUAAGAGCAAUCAUUAUACAGUGUUUUCAAAUGAAUUCCAAGUCAACAGCCAACUGAAAUAUGACAACUGCUGUACUGAAUGUUAAUUGGAAUCUUGGGUUUCAUGUGUGGUAAUUUGUACAAUGUGACCUUAAUUGCAGCAACAAAAAAAGGGUUUUAAACAAGUUUUAAUAAAAUUCUAGCUGAACAA